UACAUAGGUAGAAAAUAUUAGUGAAAUGAGAGAAAUUCAAUGUUCAAUGAAUCAAAUUUAUAGACUCAACACUCCUUCUACUCAAAUUCACUCAUCACCAUUCCUCCGAUUUCGAGCCUCUCUCUCCGUCGCCGGCGAUUCAACCAUGUCCACCAACUCACUCCGAGUCGCCGCCGCUCAAAUGACUUCCAUCACCGACCUCGCUGCCAAUUUCACCACCUGUUCUCGUCUUGUCAAAGAAGCUGCAUCAGCUGGAGCGAAAUUGCUUUGUUUUCCUGAAGCUUUUUCUUUCGUUGGUACUAAUGAUGGUGAUAGUGUUAGAAUUGCUCAACCUUUGGAUGGUCCAAUUAUGGAUCAAUACUGCUCUUUAGCCAGAGAGUCUAGCAUUUGGUUGUCACUUGGAGGGUUCCAAGAAAAAGGAUCUGAUUCACAGCACUUGUUUAAUACACAUGUUAUUGUGGAUGAUACUGGGAAGAUUCAAAGUACUUACAGAAAAAUUCACUUGUUUGAUGUAGAUGUUUCUGGUGGAAGGGUGUAUAAAGAAAGUAGUUUUACAGAAGCAGGCAAGGAUGUUGUUGCAGUAGACAGUCCCAUUGGGCGUUUGGGCCUUACUGUUUGCUACGAUUUGAGAUUUCCAGAUAUUUACCAGUUGUUACGUUUCCAACAUGGAGCGCAGAUACUGUUAGUGCCUUCAGCAUUCACUAAAUUGACUGGUGAAGCACAUUGGGAAAUUCUUCUUCGUGCUCGUGCAAUUGAGAAUCAAUGCUAUGUCAUAGCUGCUGCACAAGCUGGCGCACACAAUCACAAAAGAGAAAGCUACGGCGACACAUUAAUUAUCGAUCCAUGGGGAACCAUUGUUGGUCGCUUACCAGAUCGUUCAUCUACCGGAAUUGUGGUAGCUGAUAUUGAUUUAUCAUUAGUUGAUUCAGUAAGAGAGAAGAUGCCUAUUGCUGAGCAAAGGAAGUCAUUUGGAUUCUGGAAAGCUGCAGCUCUAUAGUAAUUAUUUGGUCCAAAGGGGUAUAAUUUUUUGUAAAAUAUGGAACUUAUAUGUACCAAAAUAAAAAUAUGGAAUUCCUUUUUUUGAUUAUUCUAAGGAUGUUGUCUGCAAUGUUUGAUGGAAACAUGCCCUGUCUUUUAGCUACAAGUCAAUUGUGCAUGUUCCAUGUUAAAGAGUAUUAUAUUACAAAUUAUACUGCAUGAACAAAUGUUAUUUUCAAUAAA